AUGCCCCUCUGGGUGAUUCUCAGUCUGGAUCCUUUCCUAGGAAUUCUAUCAAGGUGUCCCCAUUCCAACCAAAAUCCAACGAUGCCACAAGUCCAUCAGAUUUAUCAAAAAAAUUCAGGGGCAACUGUGUCAUUUAACAGAGUUGAUGUAUUGAGAGAAAACACAAAAGCAGUGUUUGCAGCUUGUGAUGCAGCUCACGGAAGAUGGGCAAAACUUCUUGGAGUUCGUGCUCUUUUGCAUCCAAGACUAACGCUUCAAGAAUUUUUACAAAUAUAUAAUGUUUCACAAGAAUUUAUGACAAAACUGAAAGCAGUGCUUGAUCAAGAAACAUGGGUUGAAGUAGAUGUGCCAAAUAAAUUCCAGGGAAUUGUGGAAUCCCUUUUUAGCUUGGAAUCUUUAGGAGUUGGUGAUUCCGAUGAUAAAAGCUACAAUGAACAUGCUGUUGAUGGAAUUAUGGAUACCACUGGACAGCUGGAAUUUAUUAAUAGAAUGAAGUUGAUUAUAACUUUUUAUUUAUUUGAAGAAUGGUUUAAUUUCUGUGUUUUAGUUCUAUUGGAUAAGAAACCUGAUGAGGUUCCCAUGCUUGUAGAAUCUGUGCUAAGUAAGGUCAUGGAAGAGUUUGAGAAUCGCAUCACUAGUCAAGUUGAACUGGCAAGCGAAAGACAGAGGCUUGAAAUCAAAGUUAAGAUAUCUCCAUCCGGUGGGAGUUGCUAUCCAUAUAGUUCCAUGGCAGUUCUACUUGCAGCCAUUGAUAGUUCUCUUGCAUCCGCUUUCAAUCCAGCAGAGUAA